AUGCAGUUCACCGCCGUCAUCUUCGCUGGCCUCGCUGCCAUUGCUGCCGCCAACCCAAUCGCUGGCAACCAGCCACAGUCAUACGGCAUCUCCGGUGCUGGCCAGUCUGGUGCCGGCCAAUCAUCUGAGGGUGAUGCUGCAGGCAUCUGCACUGCUCUCUACACGCCUCAGUGCUGCCAGGCCAGCAUCCUCGGCAUUGCUGACCUCGCUUGCACCCCACCAUCCCUCUCCGUCAACUCCAAGCAGACCCUCGUUGACGACUGUGCCAACACUGGUGCCACUGCUCAGUGCUGUGUCCUGCCAAUCGCUGGCCAGGCUCUCCUCUGCUACGACCUUUAG